UCACAAUAAUAUGACCUCCUAAGUUGUCAAUACUGAAGGAACAGCUGAAAAUAUAAUGUUUCAUUGUUUUAAACUGUUAUUUCGAUGAUUCUGAUCUUUGCAAAAGGUGUCAUGUUUUAACACUGUAAUUUGCUAUUAUGGGAAGCGAAGUAAGCUCGGAACAAAAUAGUCAGGAGGAAGAUUCCUCCAUUGCUUUGUACAAUAAAGUUUGCACAUUUCAGCGUGAAAAUGCGGAAAAAAUUACGGGCAUGUUACUUGAACUGCCACAAGAAGAAUUAAAAACGCUUCUUUGCGAUGAUAGUAAAUUGAUGGCGAAGAUAUACGAAGCAAUUAAAGCCUUAGACAAUGAAUCUAAAGACAAACAACGAAAAUUAAUCGGCGAUGUUAUGUAUUGUGAAGUUGAAAAGGCCUAUAACGACCAUGAAAUAGCUGGAAAAAUUACAGGAAUGCUAUUAGAAAUGGAACUUGAAAAUCUUGAGCAAUUGUUACUGGACAAAAAAGCGCUUUUAGUUAAAAUACAUGAAGCUUAUGCAGUGCUAAAAACAUACAAUGAUGCAAACAAUAGUGAAAAAGAAGCUUCUUCCGAGGUCUCACUGGAAGAAUUAGGGGAGAAGUUAUUUGAGAGGAUUUUAGAAUGGUAUGUAGAGGAAGACACUGCUGCAAAAUUGACAGGCAUGCUGUUAGAAAUGAACAAUGAUGACAUACAUCAAUUGAUCAAGGAUAAUGAUUUCCUUAAGCUUAAAACUAAGGAAGCUUACGAUGUGUUAAGCUUGGGUAAGUGACCUUGCCAACAACUGUAAAUAUGUAUAUGUGUGUUUAUAUAUUGUUGAAAAUGUAAAUAGCUAGUAACUUCCUAUUCUGAAGAAGGCUCGAAGCACCGAGUCGAAAGCUCAAUAAAAAUCAUUUA